AUGGCUCCUUCCGCAAUCUGGACCCCUGCAGAAGAAGAAGCCUUCGUCGAGUUCCUUCUCGACAAUCUCGCCGAUGCUGGAGAUGGCAGCAACUUCAAGAAAGCCAUGUUCCAAAAGGCUUUGAGCCACAUUGCGCCCCUCCUUCAGUCCAGGGCUGUGAAGGGUGUUAAAAGUUGCCAAAACAAAUGGGCAGCGCUACGUAGGACAUACAAGGUUGUUCGCGCCAUCCAGGAGGUGUCCAGUUGGCACUGGGAUGACCACACUGGUGCCAGUAUCAAUCCCGAUACCGCCUCCUUGUGGGAGGACUACGUGAAGCAGCGGCACCCCGACGCAAAGCCGUUCCGUAACAAUGGCUGGGUUCAUCUCCAAAAGAUGAGCCUCAUCAUGCCAUCCUCUACCCCUGGCGCAAAUGUAUAG